CUGUGAAUUUCUCUACGGGUGUAUAAGCAGCACAGCCCCAAGUCCCAAGCAGUAACGUGAGCCCUGCAGACAUUAGAUUUCUGUGUUGCUGUUCAUUGAUUGAGUUGUCAAGGCAUCUGGUUUGGAGCUCUGUUUUCUGCUUGAAGAAUGACGGAUAGUAACGUGGUGUACCCGUCCGUGUUUCUCGUAGACCGGAAAGCAGACCUCCCGCCGGAGCGAAGGAGACGACGCCAUGGCAACGCGGCGCAGUGGCUGCUCUUCAUGCUUGUGUUCCUGGCUCUCUCCGGAGUGGGAAUUCUGGGAUACUUUAUGUGGGACUUGGAGAGGAGAACAGUAGCCAUCUCUGACACAGCUUCCAGCAACACUGAGAAAAUGAUUGGGAUUCAAGAUAAAAAAGAACCAGGAAAGCCUUCCGCUCACAUCACAGGGUGUAACUGCAGUGCCCCUGGCGAUGGUCCACUGCACUGGGAAGCUAAGAAUGGAGACGCCUUCACUUUCGAUAUUGACUACAAGGAUGGAGCCCUGGUUAUCAGAAAGGAGGGCCACUACUUCAUCUAUUCCAAAGUCUUUUACGGACAAAUCGAGUGCCGGGGGAAAAAACGCAUGUUCAAGCACUACGUCAAUAAGAAGACUGAAAGAUAUUCAGGAGAACUGGAGCUGAUGGAGAACAGGAAGUUCUUCUGCAGCAGCUCCCAGGAUUCCUUGUUGGGUAACAGUUUCCUGGGAGGGGUUUUCCACCUACUGGAAGGCGACCAGAUCUUUGUGAAGGUGAAUGAAAAGAGUCUCCUUAAAAUACAGGGGGGCACUGAAAAUUUCUUUGGCGCCUUCCUGAUUUAACCUGUAUCGUCUGUACCACACAUCAUCACUCAUCAAGGUGAUGUAUUCUGGUGUUCAAGGUAGUUUGGUUGAGUACAGGAGUGGUCAUGCUUAUAAAUCUACUGAUAGCCAGUUGGUAUGUGGGGCUGGUGUUUUGGAGGAAUGUUUUAUUAUAACAGAUUCACAUUGCAUUCCUCCAGCAGAAUGCAGGUGGAGAACAUUUUAAAAUCAAUCCAACAAGUUGUUCGCAAAUUCAAGCUUCAAAUUUCUGCAUUAUUUUAAUUUUUGAACUGUACCAUUUUCUUUCUCUAGUUCUUCAGUGAUUCUUCUCAAUUUGUUGCAUUAGACUUACGUGCAAUUUGACAUUCGUCAAAUCAAGCAAUCUCUUGUGGAAUCUGUGAAGUUCACAAUGACCCUGAUCUGUAUUUCAUGUUCUUCAGUACAGUUAUGAUCUGUGGUUGCUGCUUUGAAUAUUUGAUUGAUGGAAGGAAAAAAAAAUGGAACACAAUCUCUGUGAUAGCCUGCUUUAAGAUUAGAUUACUUUGCCAAAUAUUUCAUGUGUGGAGGCUUGGUGGUCCAGUGGUUAAAGAAAAGAGCUCAAUACCAGUGGGUCCCCGGUUCUAAUCCUGGCUCAGCCACUGACUCACUGUGUGGGACCCUGGGCAAGUCACUGAACCUCCUUAUGCUCCGGAUGAGACGUAAAACCAAGGUCCUGUUGACUCUGCAGCAAUAGUUGUGAUGUAUAGUUCACCCUCUAGCCUCUGUAAGCUGCUUUGAAUAAAAGCGUCUGCUAAUUAAUAAUAAUAAUAUAGUUUACAAAUAUAUAUGAUGCGUUUCAUUUUUUAUCAAAUAGAUAUGUGUAUGAACUGUGCUGAAUCUGUAUGAAAAUGUCAUUUAAUAAAAACAAUAAUGUCAUUG